AUGGCAGAACUAGCCCCCGUCAAGGUCGCCUUACUAGACAUCGAGGGUACCGUCUGCCCGAUCUCAUUCGUGAAAGCUGUUCUGUUCCCUUAUGCCUUGGAGGCCCUUUCUGAAACUCUCAAGUCCAAGUGGGACGACCCAGAGUUCGUUGUCUACAGAGAUGCCUUCCCAGAGGAGCACAAGGCAUCGCCCGAGGCCCUCCAGGCUCACGUCCAGGACCUGAUGGCCCGCGACGUCAAGAUCUCGUACCUCAAGGCCCUUCAGGGAUACUUGUGGGAGAGCGGCUACAAGUCUGGCCAGCUGAAGGCACCCCUCUUUGACGACGUCCCGCCCAGGCUUCGGGAGUGGAAGCAAAAGGGCAUAGAUAUCAUGAUCUACUCGAGCGGGUCCGUGCCAGCCCAGAAACUCUUGUUCAGAUAUACCAACUCGGUGCCAGCCGACCUGAACCCCCUCAUCUCCGACUACUUCGACACGAUAAAUGCUGGCCUGAAGACAGAAGCGUCAAGUUAUGCCAAGAUCGCAGCCGCUCAUGACCGCUACCCCCCCAGUAGCUGGUUGUUCUUGAGCGACAACGUCAAGGAGGUGGAGGCGGCAAAGGCGGCCGGCAUGAAGAGCUUCAUUGUCCAGAGGCCAGGGAACUCGGACCUCCCGUCGGAUAUCGAGACAGCGCACAAGGUGAUCAGCAGCCUCGAUGAGAUCCCAUCGUUGGGUGCUUGA